UCUGAAUGACAAGGCAAUCUUGCGGCGGUCGUUGAAUAUAUUGGAAUCGCCGUGUCCUAAUCACUCUUGUUACUUUAUAUGCUUAUUUGGUAGUAUUUGAAGUUUUUACUACGUGUUUUGAUUCUAUUUAUAACUACCUUUUUGAAAUAACUUAGUCUUUUGAACAGGCUCAAGUUGUCGCUGUCUUUAUUGAGAUGGAAGUGCUGCUGCCGGCAAGAGUAAACAAUAGACCAAAGUUGAACGACCUUGACUUGACUAAUCAGAUAGCUCAGCAUUACAAAUGGUUCCUAAUUUAUUUUUAUUUAUUUUGAUUACAGCUUGAUGCCACACUGUAUUUUCAGCAUGGAUAUCGGUAGCCCAAAUUUUUCAGGCCGACCGUAGAUAUCAGGUGUGCAUCGUCAGGGGAUCGAACCCCGGACCAUGUGCAUGGUCGGCGAGAGUCCUAACCACUGUGCCACCUUUUUGAAAGUGUCUCCUAGAUUUGGUUUUUGACUGCUCUGUGGAUAAUGUGUUGAUAGGGAGGAAAAAACAUGCAUUUGUGGAGGGAUAAUAACUCUGGAGAAAUAUUGCCGGGCUAUUAAUGGUUAUGCAUUCAGAUGCAACCACUUUUUAUGAGGGAGUCUGUAUAGGUUAGUAAGUUGUAAAUACCUGGUGAUUAUUUAGACACUUUCCUCGAAAUCAAAGCUCUCCCUUAGUAAUAUAUUGCGUGUAUGCAACCAGUAUCUGCUACAGCUGGAGAAAUAGAGAAUACAUUGGUUUGAUAUGUCUAUAACCACUUCUAUGAGAAUCUGGGACCAGUUUAGUUUUCGCUGCAUGGUAGAGAUAUAUACCCUAUUGGAUUCAUUUUUAUAACAUAUCAUAGAUACGCUUAUCACCUAGAAGAAUCUGAUUGGCUGUUUCAGGGUCGUCUGAAGUUGGUGUCUAUUCUUUACUGUUGCCUAUUUUUCCAUAUUGACCAUUAUUCGACCAAGAUUUCACCACUAACCAUUAUUUCUCCAUUACAAUACCAUUCUUACUAUUUGGCCGAAAUCUGCCCAUUAUAACCAUUCUCUGACCACUUUUGCCCGACCAGGUUGCUAGCAACAGUACUCCUAAAACUUUUAUUUUAAAUGAUAUAAGCACUUACAUGUGCUUGGGAUACUAGCAAACUUAUGGCUGCUUAAUCCCCAUGUCGUGUGGUCGCACUCUUGAAACACUUGAGUAAAAGUAUUUUGAGUAUAUCCCACUAUUCUUGUAGUUUGUUAUUAAUGACAGUAUUUUGGUGUUUUUAAGGACUACAAAGUAUUGUUCAUCAGCUGGUUAACACUUCGCUUCCACCUCGCGGACUUGGAGCAGAAAAAGUAUCGAAAUACGUUGGGCACAUGAGAAUGCAGGCCUUUCCCCCCGAGUUUCUCAGUGCACUAUAAUCGUUUGUUCCUUUGCAUUUUAUUAGAACAGAGAUGCUCACUGAAUUAUAACUCAAACUUCUGAAUCAAUAGAAAUAGUUGUGAAGAUUUUGAAAGCUGGUCAACGUGGUUGUAGUGCGCCUUUAGAUAAUGGUAGCUUGGUAUUCAGUAAAUUUGGCACUAUGACAAUUAUUGUUUAAGGUUCGUUAAAAAUACUUGGCUGCCCAACCCUUUUUGAGUGGAGUGGGUUAGGAGCAUGCAACCCAGUUAACAGUCAUUGACCGUACUUAUGCGUGAUAGCUUCAUCACGAAGUUGAGAAUAUAUUCAUCGACUUGGCAGAAUUGUAGUUAUCUGGACUUAGACUAUCAUAUAUCAAAUAAAGAGCUUUGUGCAUGAAGCUGGUUUCCAUCAGUUUCAUAUAUACAUAUAUAUUUAUAGUCGAGCUUUGGUUUGUCGUUUUGGACUGAAUAGAUGUUAAUCAGAACACCACUUUUGCAGGAGUGGAGCUGUCUCUCAUUGACUCAGGCUCCUAAUUGCCAACUGGGUUUGAAUCUUGCUCUACUUGAGGAGUUUAUGCAUCCAACCAUCGUUGUUAAACUUGAGUAUGUACGCCAUUAAAAUGUAACUAUUUAGAUGAUAGCGUUUUUUUAAAGAGAUCAUCCUGCAGCCAUCGCGUGUUUCAGUAGUAUUCAGUGUGUCAUGGUCUUAAUUUUGGUUAUCGUCCGUGUUUUUAUUUUUAUAGCUGUUGUUUAUCACCUCUGUAUGAUGUUUACAACCUUUCUUAUUCGAACUAAUUCAGUUUUUUGAAUAAACAAGCUAGUUACACUACUUGUUGGUAACAUUGGUAGUAUACUGUAAGUGUAACCCCCAUACUAUUUAUUUCUUACUAGGCAAUAUCUCUGGGCGUUGCUAAACAACGCAAUCACCACCAAGUUUAUAUAAAAAUGAUGUCAUCUAUUUAAAGACAGCAAAGCAAUGGUCAAGGGGCAAGAUGGAAAAGGAAUUUUAUCCAAAAAUGAAUACCUUUUUGCCGGUGCUGUUAGUGGUUUUGUUGCCAGAGCUGCUGUACAACCACUGGAUGUAUUGAAAAUACGUUUCCAGUUGCAAAUGGAACCAAUUAAAGUGUCAAGUACGAGCAAGUAUCAGGGUCUUAUUCAGGCUAUCAAAUGUAUUGUUAGAGAGGAAGGCGCUAUCGCCUUUUGGAAAGGACAUGUUCCUGCUCAGAUGCAAGCUGUUUCUUUCACUGGUGUUCAGUUCCUCUCUUUCGAAGUGAUGUCUUCAUGGUUACGGGAGGUUAACAGUAUUCUUGUUUCGGAUAAGAAAAUAUUGGGCUUGCCUAUGACAUACAAACCCCUCGGUAAUUUUCUGUGUGGAUGUGGAGCAGGAACUGUAGCAGCAGUUGUCACCCAACCUUUGGAUGUAUUGCGGACACGUUUUAUUGCUCAAGGCGAACCAAAAACUUAUUCGAGCAUAUCACAUGCAGCUGUCCGCAUAAUGACUCGCGAAGGUCCCCGGGGAUUUUUUCGUGGACUUGCACCUUCUCUCCUUUUGAUAGCACCACAAACAGGAAUGCAGUUUGCUAUUUACCACACAUUCAACCAAAUGGUUGAUCGUGUCAGGGAUUAUCUAAAUCCUAAUGUUAUUGAGAAGUCGCAAGGUCGCGAUGGUCAUCGUCCAGUCAGUGCUUUUCAAAGCGUAAUCGCUGGUGGGCUUGCGGGAAUGGGAUCUAAGUGUAUAGUUUAUCCACUGGAUAUGGUCAAAAAGCGUAUGCAAGUGAGGGGCUUUGAAGAAGCACGAGUUCAAUUUGGUCAAAUUCCCAAUAGACAAGGUGGUUUGCUUAGAUGUUUAAUUGAAAUAUGGCAAAUAGAAGGAGCUUCAGCAAUAUUUAAAGGUUUAAGACCCACCCUGUUGAAAUCUUUUGUUUCAAUAUCUUGUAGAUUUACAGUAUAUGAACAGAUUUGUAGAUUUCUUCUUUAUUACAAUCAUUCAUAAAGAUAUAUAUUGUCCCAUUUUAUUUUCUGUGUAAUAUAUAUAUAUAUCAUUCAUUCCAAAUUUCAUGUAAAUUCGAUACCCUAACGGCGUAAUGUACAUGUUAGUAAGUGGAUCACUUUCAGUUGAUGCAUCUUUUGUUGCUAUUUAUUCCCAAUGUAAAGUAGUAGUCAUCUAAGCGCCCCUACUCGUGAACUCAUUUCCUUUGCACACACACACACACACAUCGACUACUUGUCGUUUUCAAUCCUACAUUUCUUCCUUGCAUUGUCCCUUGUAUAUUUGUCAAUCUCCAGUUUGUGUAGUGAUUACUAAUAAACAUUUCAGUCUAUCUUGAUUAUCAUAUCUUUCAUCAUAUCUCCUUAUCUGAUCUGGCUCCCUUUCAUCCUACUCCUUGUUUCUGUAACCAGUAUCGUAGCAUGUAUAAUAUUUUUUUUCUCUCGUUAGCUCAU